GUUUUUCCCCGCGGUGCACUGUGAAGAGGCCAAAUCCUGUAGCGCCAUGGCCGACGCGUUGGCGGUGGUCACGUUGCCAACGGUCGUGGAGGAGCUCCUGAACGAGAUGGCCGCGGCGGUGCAGGAGAGCGCGCAAAUUCCUGAUGAGCAUCUAUUAUCGCUAAAGUUUAUCUUUGGCUCCUCAGCCAUCCAGGCCUUGGACCUAGUUGAUCAACAAUCCAUCACCUUAAUCUCAUCGCCCAGUGGGAGGCAAGUUUACCAGGUACUUGGAAGUUCUGGUAAAACAUACAUAUGUUUGGCUUCUUGUCAUUAUUGUUCAUGUCCUGCAUUUGCCUUCUCAGUGCUACGGAAGAGUGACAGCCUACUGUGCAAGCAUGUCUUGGCAGUUUAUCUUAGUCAGGUUAUGAGGACCUGUCAGCAGCUAAGUGUCUCGGACAAGCAAUUGACUGAAAUAUUGAUGCAGAAGAAACAAAAAGCAUAAAAGGUACAGAUUAAGCAUCAUUAUCUAUCAAAAUAGAAGUCCCAUCAAGAAGUACAUUUAACCUACCAUGGUUCACACGAAACAGAAGUGAAAUUGAUCUUCUAGAGCCUUCAUGUUACUGUCCCUUUCCUCUCCUAGACUGCAGAAGGCACUUAAGUUGGAACCCAGGAUGUGUGUAUGGUUUGAAGCCCUGUACAAGUCUCCUUAUGAAAAAUCUGAAUGAGCCUCUAAGCCCCGUGGGUAAAAAAUUUUCUACAUGGAGUCAAGCAUUUUAGACUCAAACAAAGCUUAAUAAUCAUGUCCACAACUAGAUUAAGUAACUGAAGUACUAGUAAUUUUUAAGAGGUUGAAAUGGUAGAUGAAACUGAGUAGGAUGAAGCUUAGAUGAAUAAGUGUUAGUUCUUUACCUUAGGUUUAGAAAAUUAUUCUGCAACAGUAAAGAUCAGAGUAGACAUGUGGCUAAACGGCAGCAAGUAUGAAAAGACUUGCUGGGGUUCUGGUGUCAGUGAGCUUGACAUAUCUGUGGCGUUAGUGCCAAAAGAGCUUAAGUAGGCUGUAUUGUUAGAGUGGUAAUAUCUGGAACAAGGAAGUGCUGGUUUUGCACUGCUUGCAUUUUGAGC